CCUCAUAGCACGAGAGAGUUUCACCUCUCAUCCUGGAUUUUAAUGAGAUUUGGCAAGCAUUUGCUUGUGAGAUAAGCUAGGUGCUGUGUGUUUAGGGUCAACCUCUUUUGUACUUGACCCUGAGCUCCUUGGAUUAGCGUUGGUUCUGUCAACAGCUAGAAGGACCUGGUCACACUUGCUGCCUGUAAGUGAGGGAAUGAAAUGCCUGCACGUCAUCAUUCUUUUCCUCUGAUUUUGUUCAUUAUACACUGAUUCUCUGGCACCUCCAUACAUGUAGUUGGGAUUCUGCUUGUGCUUGUAUAUGGGUUGGUUUGUAUGUUUGUGAAAGUGUUUGUGGGUUUUAAGCUCUCGGUCAGGGAGUCUGGGGAGUUUGAUGGGAUCUGAGGAUUUGUGUGGUGGAUAGUUUGCAGGUCAUGAUGGUGGGGAUGCCCACAUGGAUCAACUGAGCACUUUGCAUCUUCUAUUUACUUAGGUGGUAGAUAGGACUCUCCUGAGGGAAGGAGGGGUGACAAAUCCUCUUCCCUGUCAAAGUAGUUAUGCCCUCUGGGAAUUCAUGGAACAGUAGGAAACAAGGUUUGAGAAUCCCUGUUUUCAUAACAAAAGAAAUGUCAUCACAACUAUCUGUUGGACCCAAGCCACUGCAGUACAGAGGGUCUUUGGAGAACCAUAUUGCCACAGCUUUUUAAAGAGUCCAUAUUUCAAAAUAAUUCUUUGCUGAUUUGUGUAGAAAUAUUUCCUUGAAAGAAUUGUUUUUGGAGUCUCACUGUUGUGUUUUUGCUUUGGUCUUUGUAUUUGCCACAUUCUUCCCUCCCCCUCAUUUCUUAAAUUUGAAUUUUUUAUUGGGUUUUUUUAUUUACAAUUCACCUAAUUCUGAAAUCAUGAGUUCAGGUGGUUAUUUAUUCCUUGGGCCAUGUCCCAACACAGGCUGGAUGUCGAAUUGCCAAUACUUCAAUCCGAACAUGAGAUGAGAAUGAUGGCUAUGCAAAUGAUGACCAACUCAAUAAGUGAUGCCAUGGAGAGGUACAAGGAGUUCAUACAAGUGAACAGUUCCUACCACAUCAGGCACUCCCAGCUCCUGCGUGAACAAACUCAAUUGAAGAAUAUACAGAUUUUGCUGAAUGAGAAGAGAGAACAGCUGGUGGAGCAGACUGAACUGCCAGCAUCCUCUGUGGAGACAAAGAGGUUCUGUGAAGAGGCCGGAAUGAACAUCUGUGUCCCCAGAGCCAAGCAACAGCAGGUCUGAAAUUCUCCAGCAGAAACUCGAACAUGACACAGACCACGACAAGAUCUCCCUUGGAGAGAAGAGCUACAGGAGGAGAACUAAGUGUGCACAGCAAAUACACCACUAUUGCGUCUCAUCUGUAAUGUCCAUAGCAAUUGUGGACUGCAUUUUCCUCCUUUACUUUGAUUUCUUUGGAUUGAAUAGGCCGUACUUUCACCUCAGCUCUCUCCAGCAAGUGUACACUUUUGGAGGGACCCAGAGAAGUGUUGAUGCACAUCAAUCAAGAGCUGCUGGUCAUCCAGAAAGACUGUGCACGUGUAAAUUUGUACUUGUCCUGAUGGGUCAUGCAGAAGAGUUUCAUGGAGAUCAGUUCACAAUAUUGGAAAGUCUUUGAGACAAAGUCUGUAAUAUCAUUUAUACUCAGUAUUGGAUGGCUUUGUCCUUAAUGCCCCCACUCCAACAAAACAGACCUACUUCCACUCCUCUUGAAAAGAUUAUUACCACCAGUAACUGCUUGUCUACUGUGUCUCCAAGGAAAGACACAGGCUAUAAAUCUAUUCUGCAGAAGGAGCAGCAAAAAAUGCUUAGCGCAGCUCCUCUAUUUAAAGUGUGGCUGAGUUUUGAUUAUUUUGGUUAUUUGGUUUUCCUCCUAUUCAUUUGAAGUUUUGUUAUUUAUGUGUUGUUGUUUUGUUCAUUUUGUUUUCUAUUUUGAUAAGGAUAUAGACUGUAUAUAUUGACUACCUGCAUCUGGUUACUAUCAAGUAAAUUGGAUAUAUCCUGGUGAAAAAAA